AUUGAUUAUGCAAGCCGUUCGGAUCGGUCAGCCAUGUUUUGCAGAGCUCUUUGCCGCUUUAUAGACGUCUGCAAAUUAUUUAGCCGACUGCAAUACGGACGGAUUUUAUAAUCGUUGAAAAUUUAUGAUAAAUUGUGAAUGAUAAAGACGAAAAUUUUUUUGUCUAAUAAUUUCCUGUAAAAAAGACAACCAGUUCUCGCAAAAAUGAUAUAACCAACGUAGAGAAGGAAUAAUGUCCUCUAUCGAACCGCUAAUCGAAUUCAUUAAGCAAGGGCAAAUUUCGAAAUUGAAAGAACUUCUCGUCCACGAAAAUGAUGUUGAUCAGCAGGACGAGGAUGGGCGGACAAUCUUACAUCAUGCUCUAUUGGAUGAAAAGUUUGAUGUUCUCAACGAACUCAUCGAAUUCGGUUGCGAUGUAAAUGUAAAAGAUAGAACUGCCGAGAAAGAUUCUCCUUUACAUCUUGCUUUGAAAUUAGGUCAUCUAGAAGCUGUUAAAAUGAUUAUUGAAUCUCCAUCGUUCGAUCUAGACAGGACAGAUGCUUUGCAGAGCAGUAAAGCUCUACCUUCGACCUGUGUUGUUGAUGAUUUACUUUCAAGAACCUGUGAUGUCGAUUCAACGCUUUAUAAGCGAAAAUCUUUUGGAGAUCAGUACAUGCUAUUCGUCAAACAGAAUACUAUGGAAUAUAUGGAGAAUAGCCUGGCUCCCGGACGGGAUUGUGUUAGGGAUAUGAUAGUUAUUCGAGACGCUUGUUUACCAUCGAUCGAGCAACUCGUGCAAAGGGUAGAUGCAACAAGAUUAACGUCUCUCUAUUUAAUACAAUGUAAACUCCAUUCUGCUGAUGUUGGAUGCCAGGAACUUUGUAGCCUACCGUUAACGGCUCUGGUUCUAAGUAACAACUAUUUAACAUAUGUACCGGAUGGAAUAUUGCAAAUCGAGAGUCUAGAGCAUUUGAAAUUGGAUAGGAAUAGGCUGGCAGCAAUACCGCCGGAAAUUUGUCGUCUCAAGGCACUUAGGUCGUUCUCUUGCGAUUUUCAAACGCCUAAACUGUCCCAUUUGCCGGAUACCAUAACGCAACUGGAUAAUUUAAGGUCGCUAUCGUUCAGCAAUAAUGGGGUGCGGAAUAUUAAUUUUAUAAGUUCAUUGACAAAGCUAAAGGUACUAAGGUGCAGAGCUAAUCGGAUAAGCAAAUUGCCAAAUCAAUUAGCAUCUUUACGACACUUACAGGUAUUGGAUAUAAGCCAUAACAAAAUCGAAACGAUACCGUCAGUUUUCAUUGACCUAAUAAAACGCUUAACUUGUUUCCGCUAUGAGAAUCUUAUGUUAUUACCAUCAUUCGUCAGACAUGAUAAGGAGUUAUUAUUAUCUCAUUUAGAAGUCGAAAAUUUCCUUGCUUCUCCAUCUCCAAAUCGAACUGCUCGGGAUAUAAGCGUUGCAAUCGUUGGUGAAUCACAUUCCGGAAAGAGCACGCUUAUCGAAGCGAUAAAAUCGGAUAAGGGAAUUUGUAAGCACGAUGCUAAGAAUCAUGAUUCAACAUUCGAUAUUCAACACUUUGAACUACAUGCUGCCGACGAUUCGUGCUAUGUUAGCGCUUUCGUACUUGCUAACGAUAUUAUUGAUAAUUAUUCGAAAUCGUUGACUGUUGAUCUUUAUUUAUUGACUGUCGAUUUAACUACUUUAGAAUUGCAAAAUGGAUCUCAACAUUUGUUUGCUAGGCAUGUUCAUAGAUUGCAGAUGUGGUUACAAGCACUUUAUGAAAUUAAUCCGGAUAUUCCAGUUCUCAUUGUUGGUACUCAUGCCGAAUUAGUUAAGGCUAUGUCUUACGCCGAUAUUUGGCAUAUUAUGGAUAAUUUAUUGGAUCAUGGAAGAGGACACCAUGUAAGGCAUUUUAGUCUGAAGAGAAAAUUGCAAAAUUGCGUAUUGUGCGCUCCAAAGGGAUUAGCUAUCCGACGGGUUUCGAAUAAAGGUACCGGAAGGAAUUGUCCUGGAGCCGGAUUCGUCGAUCUGACACUACUUGAAGAAAGUUUACCAAAUGGUCACGUGAUUCAGACACCCCCUGCUUUGGGAAGAGUAAGAUUUCCGCAUGUAGUUGGUUAUUACGAGAUUGAUUCGAAGAAGAACUUUCCAAAAGAUGCUAAAAAAUCAAACGUGUCUAUUGAGCAACUGAAAGCCGCUAUUGUAAGAGCAACCCAACGUCCAGAGAGAUCAAUACCACCCAAUUGGUUGGCGUUUAUUCGUCACAUUGGUUUUAUAAUUGAAAAAGCUCCCACACUACCUUGUAUAACCUAUGAUGAAGUUAUAAAUAUCGCAAGAAGUUUUGAAAUAGGUGGUAAUCACAUUAAGCCUAUGUUACAAUACUUUCACGAACGCGGAAAACUAGUUCAUUUCACUGCUGACUCCAUAUUAUCAAAGUUGGUGGUCAUUAAUCCAUUGUGGUUUAUACGAGUCCUGCAUGGGGUUCUAACAGAUCUUGAUGCUUCGGUUCUGCUGCUGGAUGAAAUGCUGGAAUGCUUGAGAGAUCGAGAAUUAGAUAGACAAUUGAAUAAAGCAGGAAUUGAAGGGGUAUCUAGCGCACAUUGGCUUUUAGGAGCUUUGGAAAAAUUAGAUAUGUGCGCUAUAGUAGGAGACAUUGAUGGCGAAAAGCGUUACUUGAUACCGUCACUCUUAGAAUUCGGUCAACCAAACUCUGACGUAUGGCCGGAUCUACCGGAUUGGGAUGAGAGACAGGUUACUUACGAAAUGGAAAUCCGAGCGAUUAAACCUUGCAUGUUAUCGGAUCUUGUUUUAAAAAUUUGUAGGGAAGGCAGGAGAUUAUUAGAUCUGGUCCUCGAUCCUCCUCCAGUCUUCCUCAGCCACCAUAUAGUUUUCUUUACAGCUCUCGAUGUUGGUGGCUGUGACGAUUGUCAAUGUGCAGGAAAUGUCUCACUAGAGGACGAUAUUUUACAUAAGGUACAUGUGGAAGUUGAUCCAAGACUUCAAACAAUGAAAGUUACAGCUAGAGGUCCCAAACCUUGUUGUGUUGUUAAAGCCGUUCUUGGCUUUCUCCAACUGCAUUUGAACGAUGUUGAGGAUACCUUCGAUGAUUGGAUAUAUCAGGGUUCCGUUAACGACUGUAGUAUUUCUUGUUCUGUUAGUUGUAUUAGUGUAAGCACUGGAGAAACACAAGAUGCGAGAAGUUUUAUAGAGGAACGAGAGAUUUAUCUCCUGUGUCCAAAAUGUGUCCUGAAUAGGCAAGCCAGGGCAGAUAGAAUUCCACUCCGCUUGGUUUCUGAUCGAAGAAAAUCAAUUUGUUCAAGGUGGCAUAACCUCGGUAGUUGGACGAGGGCUUUAACUGGUCACUAUACACCUCCUCCACAUGCUCCAACUACGAGUUCAUUAAGCGCUCUUCCUGAUUACGAACAUCCUCGGCUGGUCCUUGUCUUACCUCCAUCUAUGAAUGCUUCGAACAAAGAAUGGUACUUACAUUCCCGAAUCAAGUUCCUUGAAGGGUUUGAAGUGCAUUUCCUAUGCGAAUACACAGGUUACUGGCAUCUAACAGACGAGCCAGGUUUUCGUCUAUGUCAAUCUCAGAAUUUUGUAAGGCGAGUAGGUAAUCAAUUGCCAGUUCUACUCAAUAUGGCUUUAUCAAUGGUUCAAAUCGUUAAUGGUGUGCACGAGCAUGGUCACAAUGGUCGAUUACUAGCCCCAGUAAUUGCUGAUCUUAUUAAAAUGUAUGAAUACUUAGGUUCAGUUGAUUUACAUAUUCAAGAUCCAUUAGCUUGGUUAACAAAGAACAAGGACAGAGUAGUGACAAUGCUAACAAAAGUAUUAGCGAAUGCAAAUGACGGUUUUCCAGAUCUUUAUUUUAAAGUUGGAAAUUCCGUAUCAGCUGAUUCAAUAUUUCAUCAAAAUCCUGCCGGCAAUCGCUUUGAAAUCGCUAGGUUUUUAAGAAUAGAUAUAAGCUCUGGAGGAUUCGGUCAAUUGAAACCAUUGCAUAUUGGAAAAGAAGUUCGAUGGCUUUGUGAUGAACAUCACGAAGAGUUACGUCGCAUACAGACUCGGUGAUACAAAAAAAAACAAAAAAAAACAAAGAGUUUCAAAUUUUUCUGUUACUGCAUUCCAGACUUUUACUGCGAUCUCGUGUACAUUCAUAGUUUUAUUGUUCUGUUAAGGAACGGAAUAAGUUCGAUUGUUAGACUUGUGUUUUAUUCCUUAUUGAAACUGGUUAUUAUUUUUGUUCUUCUGAUCACACAUCAUAUCUCUUGUUCUUAAAGUACAUUUUGGACAUCAAAAAAUCCAUCUUCAUUUUCUUUAGAAGAAAAUGCUUCUCCGUUACUCUCCUGUUUCCGCCAGCAAUACGGAUAAUUUCAAUAAGCUUGGAAAUGUAAUAGAACACUCAAGUCUGAUAUUUGGUAGCAAACAAUUGAAAUAUAACGGUGAAAUAUGGUAUUUAGAUUAUAGACUUUUUUCUGAUGCUUUUAGGCAUCUGUACAAUGUACAGCAAAAUAUAUAAACCACAAUCAAAUGGAGUCACAACUGAUUUUCUCUAUCAAUAAGUCAGCUAUCUAAUUAACGAAAAUAUUUGCGAAUAGAGAAAAAUUAAUAACUACAAAAAAAUAUCUGUAUCAGAAGGAAAUUAUCUAUUGAACUGAAUUUAAUAAUGAGGUCUUCUCCAGGCAAAUUUUGAAAACGGAGUAAGGCGGCUCAUUAAGAAGACGUUUCUUGGGAAAAGUAUAAACUCUCUCAAUCUCUUCUUAAACUCUUUCUGGUAAUACUUCAUCUGCCGUUUCGUCUCCAUAUCAGUUGAUAAAAAGAGGAAAAAUACAAGAUUAGGCAGAAAAAAUGGCAGUGAAUUAAAACGUCACAAGAAAGAUGAAGAAGGAAGAAGAUAGAAAUUGAAACUAAAACAAAGACUGACUGUUAAGACAGAAAGAGUGAGAGAGAGAAAGAGAGGGAGAAAGAGAAAAAGAGGAAGAAAGAGAAAAAAAGGAAGAAAGAGAGACUGACAGAAAUAGAAAGAAAAAAUAGAAGAUUAACAGACUUGGUGAGAAUGUUAGAAAAUAUUGAGCUUUUGUUAUUUUGCUGCAUUCGGGACUAAACUGCGAUCUCAUGUAUAUAUAAUUAGAUUAUGCACAUUUAGGGCGAGUAAGGUGCGGCCAAAAUUUUUACCUUCAG